UCUGCUGAUAGUACACUAGUAUGUAGUACUUGUCUGUGUCUAAUUAAGGGUUUGGGGAUCGAUUUUGUUGAAAUGCGCUUCAAUCUGCAAGAUUUCAUGCUCAAAUCAGUAACUAGGGAUUCAAUUUUCUGAUUAUAUACACUUCCAGAAGACAAAUUCUUAAGUAAUUAGGGUUAUAGUUAGUUGAGUUAGUUGAAAAAGCCCCAUGGAUUCUUCCGCCGUUGCUCCUUCAACUCCUCGAUGGAACCUCGAUCGUCCUUUUCUCACCGGCCGCUUUCACCAGGACACCAUUUUCACUUCUGAAUCCAGGGGUUCUAUUGCAGAUUCUUUUGAUGCAAGGUUGGACAAGGCCAUAGGUUGCUACCAUGCGUCAAUUCAGGAAUUGAUUGUAAUUGAUGAUGUCUUGUCUGCUUUGGUCGGGAUUGAAGGGCGGUACAUUUCAAUAAAAAGAGUGCGAGGGAAGGAAGAUACUGUAGCAUUUCAAGUUGAUCCAUCAAUGGGUUUGACUCUGCAGGAAUCUGCGAAAAGGAUCUUUCCUUUGUGUGAGAGCUAUUUGUUAAUUAAUCAAUUUGUUGAGUCGAGGUCGCUGUCCAAGCAUGGCUUAGUUAACCAUGCAUUUGCUGCUGCUCUGAGGGCACUCCUUCUUGAUUACCAAGCCUUGGUGGCCCAGCUUGAACACCAGUUUAGAUUAGGGAGGCUUUCUGUUCAAGGACUUUGGUUCUACUGCCAGCCAAUGAUGGGAUCAAUGCAAGCUUUGUCAAUAGUGAUAAGGAAGGUUUCAGCCAAUAACUUUAUAGGUUCUACAGUUCUCAACCUUUUGCAGAGUCAGGCCAAGGCCAUGGCUGGUGAUCAUGUUGUGAGAUCUUUGCUGGAAAAGAUGAUACAAUGUGCAAAUGCUGCAUACCUUAGAAUAUUGGAAAGAUGGGUAUAUGAAGGAGUGAUUGAUGAUCCCUAUGGUGAAUUUUUCAUUUCUGAGAAUAAGUCUCUUCAAAAGGAGAGUCUUGCUCAAGAUUAUGACGCUAAGUAUUGGCAACAACGCUACAGCCUCAAAGAUGAUGUUCCUAGCUUCCUUGCAACUGCUGCUGAAACAAUCUUGACCACUGGGAAAUAUUUGAACGUUAUGAGAGAAUGUGGGCACAAUAUUCAGGUCCCUGUAGCUGAAAAUUCAAAAUUGACAAGUGUGGGAUCAAAUCAUCAUCAUCUUGAGUGUAUUAAGGCUGCUUAUGAUUAUGCUAGUGGUGAGCUAUUAAAUCUCAUUAAAGAAAAGUACGAUCUGAUGGCAAAGCUGCGGUCAAUCAAGCACUAUCUUCUUCUUGACCAGGGUGAUUUCUUGGUUCACUUUAUGGAUAUAGCUCGAGAAGAGCUAAGCAAAAAGCCAGAUGACAUCUCUGCUGAGAAGCUGCAGUCACUAUUGGAUCUUGCCCUGAGGACUACAGCUGCUGCAGCAGAUCCUUGUCACGAAGACUUAGCAUGUUGUGUGGAAAAAACUACAUUGUUGAAAAGGUUGAACACCCUCAAAGAUCUUGAGAUUAGCCAGACUGUCUCUGAUAGUAACGAGUUGGAAGAACAAUUGAGCAUCACUGGGUUGGAGACAUUUUCUUUGAGUUAUAAGGUUCAAUGGCCAUUAUCUCUUGUUAUCUCGAGAAAAGCUUUGACAAGAUAUCAGCUUAUUUUCCGCUUUCUAUUUCAUUGCAAGCAUGUUAACAGGCAACUUUGUGCAGCAUGGCAAAUGCAUCAAGGUGUUCGCAGACUUGACAUGCAGGGGAUUGCAAUCUCUGUGUCAUCUUUGUUGUGUCGCAGCAUGCUUAGAUUCAUUAAUAGCGUUGUACACUACUUGACCUUCGAGGUUUUGGAGCCAAAUUGGCAUGUGAUGCACAAUAGGCUUCAAACUGCUAAGAGCAUUGAUGAGGUUAUUGAAUAUCAUGAAUUUUUCCUUGAGAAAUGUUUGAGGGAAUGUUUACUUCUUUCACCAGUUCUUCUCAAGAAGGUGGAGAGGCUGAAGCUAUUAUGCCUUCACUAUGCAGCAGCAAUACAGCGAUUAAUUACCUCUUCUGUUGACAUCCCCACUGGAAUUGUAUCUAAUGGCUCUCUUGAGACUGAAAAGUACAAGAGAUUGAAACUAAGGAGCCGAUCUCAGACGCUGAAAUUAGCACCUGAAAAUGCAUCAGUCAUUGAAUCAAUCCUGAAAUUUGAGAGGGAUUUUAGUGCUGAGCUCCAGAGUUUAGGUCCAAUUCUGAGCAACAGUUCUCGAGCAGAACCGUAUUUGACUCAUCUUGCACAAUGGAUUCUAGGUGUAGGGAAGGACCAGUGAGCAGUUGACAUGUUUGAUCAAUCAGCUGGAUGCCUUCCUGUGGUUUCAGUAUUCAAUCAAGCUGCCAACCUGCAAGCACAUUUUUCUUUGUUUAUUUAUUUAUUUCUUUUUGAUGUUGGUGUUCUCUUUUGAGUGUUGGGAGGAGGAAGCACGCAUUUAGCUGCCUAUUAUUUGUAUCCAGGUGCCAUAGAUCACUUAGGGAAGGGGAAAAAGGAGGAAAUUGGGGUAUACACGACAGCUUCAAACUAAUACUUUUGUAAUUAAAUCUUUGUAUGUUAAGUUCUGCAAAUUUGUUAAGGCGCCUGGCUAGGUUGGAUUGAGAAGAGUUGAAUAUCAAGCGUUUUGCAACUACGCAUCACUUUCAUUUGAGUGAAAAACUACUGCACCGAGGAAUCAAUCAAAGGUGAAAUUUAUAGAACUCA